AUGAAAGGAAACAAACCCUCCAGCUUUCCGGAGCCUGUGCCGAGCUUCACGCUGAGAGCGGCCGCAGCAGGGGUGGCGGUCUGUUAAACGCAUUCAUUGUGCAAUCAAAAAAUCAUGUCUGUCUCGGGUGGACAGCAAAAAAGCUCCUUGCGGCAACGCAAAUGUGGAUUCUGCAAAUCAAAUAGAGAGAAGGAAUGUGGCCAGUUACUGAUGUCAAACAACCUAAAGGUGGCAGCACAUCACAGAUGUAUGUUAUUUUCGUCAGCGCUAGUAUCCUCACAGUCUGAAAGUGAAAAUCUAGGAGGUUUUUCUAUAGAAGAUAUACAGAAGGAGUUGAGGAGAGGCAAGAAGUUGGUGUGUUCACUGUGCCAUUGUCCGGGAGCAACUAUUGGUUGUGAUGUGAAAACAUGCUGUAAAACCUACCAUUACCACUGUGCUCUGCAUGACAAAGCUCAGAUCAAGGAAAACCCAUCACAAGGAAUAUACAUGAUUUUUUGCCGAAAGCAUAAGGAGCAUAUGCACAACUCGGAAGAUGAUUUAGAAGAAGGCUUUAGCCAUCGUGAUCUCAGUCCUUCCCCUAAGCGUGGUCGAGGAAGAGGAUCAAGAGGAAAAUCACGCAUUGGAAAUUCCAGAGGGCCGUCUGCUGACAGACUUCAGUCUUCGCAUUGUACAGAAGAGACAGAAAGUAGUUCCAGUAGAGAUCGGUCUCCACACAGAAGCAGUCCCAGUGACACUAGACCCAAGUGUGGCUUCUGUCACGCAGGCGAUGAAGAGAAUGAGACACGAGGCAAGCUCCAUGUAUUUAAUGCAAAAAAGGCAGCGGCUCAUUACAAAUGCAUGCUUUUCUCAUCUGGUACUGUUCAGCUCACAACAACAUCAAGGGCAGAAUUCGGUGACUUUGAUAUCAAGACUGUGAUUCAAGAAAUGAAACGCGGAAAGCGAAUGAAAUGUACACUUUGUGGUCUUCUGGGAGCAACUAUUGGAUGUGAAAUCAAAGCCUGUGUGAAGACAUAUCAUUAUCACUGUGGAGUGGAAGACAAGGCGAAAUACAUUGAAAACAUGUCAAGGGGCAUUUACAAACUUUAUUGUAAAAACCACAGUGGCAAUGAUGAAAGAGACGAGGAAGAUGAAGAAAGGGAGAGCAAGAGCAGAGGGAACGCAACAGGUGGACAACUUGACAGCACGCCACAGCAGAUCAAUGGAAAUUAGAUUCCCAAGUGAUCCACCAUCAACUUGUGAUAAGGGAGUGCAGACACAUUUUCAGGUUUAAGAUAGAUGAUCUUUUAUCUAGGGCUGUGAAAAGGACUAUGGGGGAAAUGUAUUUUUUCAACUGUUGAUAAUUUUGUAAGUAUGAAAAAGGGCAAUGUUUAAUGUCAUGCAUCUAGGUCUGUAAAUCAGUCAGGAUUAUUUCCCUUCUCUAAAUUGUUUUUAUUUUUCAAAAAUGUUUUUUUAGAACUUUUAUUUGUUUGCAUCCAUUGUCAAACUGUAUUGUCACUUGUAGCUCACUUCUAGCUCUUCACAAACCAUUUCAAAUGCUUAUUCAGGGCUUCAAAUUUCCUAACCAGUGGCUAGUGAAAACUGCCCUAGAAAAUAUUUAUA